AUGCUGGAGGAACGCGAUGACGAUCAAGAGGAGGAGUUUUACACUGAGGACGUCAACUACAUUCAUAGCCAGGGUUACUACAAGAACAACCCCAAUAUGUCCUAUCGAAGCACGAAUGUAGAGAACCCCCAGGACCAAGUCUAUCCUCCUCAAGCCAACACGUCUGGUCAAGGAAAGAUGUACCCAACUAAACCACGUGAUGGGUACAACAAAAAUUUCCAAGGAGGCUAUCAGAAAAACACCUCUGUUCCACCUGGAUUCGAGGCUAAGCAAGGUCCGCAAGAACCUGGAGUCAAGCAGAUGCUUCAGCAACUACUUCAGGGACAGUCUACCGGAAACGUGGAUCUCAACAAGCGACUAUCUGAGAUCAAUGGGAGAAUCGACUUCUCGCACCACGACCUUCAGACUAAGAUUGAAGCUCUCACAAGUAGAAUCCAUCAGCUUGAACACAAAGGCGGAACAGCUUCCUCAUCCAGAACGCAAGGUCAACUUCCGGGUAAAGCAGAGCAGAAUCCCAAGGAAUACGUACACGCAAUUACAUUGAGAAGUGGACGCGCUUUACCUCCAGAACAGGACCCGCACCAGUCAAUGAGGACAUUGAGGAACAAGAGGAGGAGAUUUCAGUUGAAACUGAAGCCCAGCACCUGUACUGAAGAGGAACCACCAGUUCAAGAGAAAGAGAAAGCACCAGAGGAAGUGCAAAAGAAGAAGAAAGCCCCAGCUUUCGUUCCUCCUCCUUACAAACCGCAACUUCCCUUUCCUGCCCGAUUCAAGAAACAACAGCUUGAGAAAGCAGAGCCUGUUUGA